AUGUCUGAACCUUCUUCGCAAUCACCGCGGGUGGAACCUGUGGCUUCUAAUCAACUUAUCGAUGAGAACAAACUUCCCAGCGGACAGUGCCGGUAUAUUCUAUUGAACCCGGAAAUCAAGGGGCAGCGUUGUGCCUGUGUCGGCUUCACCAUUAACCGGACUCUCCCCGGCGUCACCUGCGACUGUGGUCACCUCUCGUGUUACCACAUCCAGUCUGCCGAACCACCCCAGAAUAAAAAUGAAGUUGACAUACUUCGCCGGCGUAUCAAAUUACUUGAGGACCAGCUUGACCGAGAGAACGAGGGAGGGCUUGGCGGUGCGUUAGGCAGUGUGGUUCGGCGUCUAGGGGACUUGGAGGAACAGGUUGAGAAGAACAGAGAUGAGACCAGUCAAGAGAUGAAAGGCUGCUAUAAAAACGUUGACCGUAUGUGGCAAUCAGUCACCCAGCUCGAAAAGCGGCAAACAGGAUACGAAGACCGUCUCCUUAUGUUUGACGAACGGUUGGACGGCCAUGAUGACACUCUACAUGGCUUAGGCGAUAGGCUGAUGGAGUUUGACGAAGCAUCCAUGGUCCUUGAAGACCGCGUAGAUGCAUUAGAGGAACAGGACUGCCAACGAAUCCCAUUCCGUAGGCGUCGACGAAGAUCUACAUCAGGCUCGGAAGACUCAGUGGACUUCAAAGUAGCACGCCGGACCCGCCCGUUGGAUAACCGUGAUAUAGCGCGAUCCACCUCAACUUCAGUCUCAGGCUCUCGCCGCGGGUCUGCCGAUAGCCCAGUAGAGGUGACAGGCUCCUGGACCGUGCACAUAUCGCUUCUCCCGACAGCCUCACAGCCGUUCCCUUUUGAGAAGGACACAAAUGCGUACAAGCGGUGUCUAUCUCGUGGACUUCACCAAAUGAUCGCAGUCGGAGGGACAGAUGGCGAGUCCUUCGCUAAAGCCGUGUCCAAGGCGUUUGGACGACUCCUCCGAGGUAGAGAGUGGGUUCCGCUGCAGGCCCGGCUCUGUGACGCUGCGACAUUACAGGGACUUCCGAUGCUCAAGCCCCUAGACCCAGAUUUAAUUGGUGGGAGCUAUGAUCUCGAUUUUCUACGCAAAUAUUGCGCCGUUUGCUUGCCAAAUGGUAAGGUAGAGUCCAUGUAUAUUGCAAUGCAGUCGGAUACCUUCUCGUGGCAUUUCCUAAGGCGAUCGCCGUGCUAUCUAGAUGGUCUUGAAGAAUGCUGGGCCUACGAUCCGCUACUUGACCCAAACGAUAACUUCGAAGAUUUCAACGGCGAGGUGGAAGAUGGGAGGUCGGCAGGGGAGAUUGUACCACCUCUACCAUCUUUAAAAAGGACAGCAUCAGAGAUGUCUCGGACACCGAGCAUGGGCUCAAUGUCGGCAAAUGAAGUAAACGACAGUUCGCGGCAAAAAUUGCCACGAACGUGUAUGCAAACACCUAUGGAAGUUCGUAGACAGGGUGUGGAGACGGUUUAG